AUGAUAGAAAAUAACUACAAAGAAAUUAUUGAAAAGGCUAUAUAGGAGAAUUUAUAAAUAAGAGAAAAUUAAGAUGGGUGGAAAGAAUAAAUGAAUAAAGAAAACUUUAAAAUGUCAUUUAAAAAAUAUUUAGACCAUAAAGUUAACCUUUCUAAGAUAGAAUCUAUUUUGCCUGUAAACUUAGAGAAAGCAACUUAAUUCUAUUAUGAGCGUUUAGAUUUGUAAAAGCUAUGCAGAUCAAAAUGCAUUAAUUUUGAAAAUAUAGAAACCAUAGAUAAGGAUACUUACGCAUUUUUAUUUAGGACUGAGCAAAUCUUAGUGAUCAGUGGUAGAGAGAUUAUUGGAGUAUAACACAAGAAAUAACUUAAUGACAAUGAAGUUUUAAUUGUCAGAAGCAAUAUUCCAAAUCACCCAAAAGUCACUCACACUCAAACAUAGGAAGAAGUAGUUCGUGCAGAUUAAGUAGUUUUUUCAAUAUUUUUAACAAAAAUAGACGAUAACUCUACUAAAUAUUUAAUGUAUUCUCUUAUGGAUCCCAAAGGAAAAAUUCCAAAACCACUUAUUAAACAACUCCUUCUUAAGCAAUACGAUGUCUUUAAAAAAGAAUUAGUAGAAUUAUAAAAGAUGUGA